GAAACAUUACCGAGCACUAACGUAUCAACUGGAACUAGAGUUAGACCAAAAAAAAAUCUUUAACAUUUCAUCACUGAGUCACAAACACUCAGUGUCUAAGGACAUGGCCGUGAAUGUAUUCACUUACACCUCAGGGUUAGUGCUGCUGGCCCUACUGGUCGUCUCGGUGACAUGCCGGCCCACCUUAGAGGAUACCCAUCAAGGAGUUGGCAUUUCUUCCCCGGAGAAAGCCAACGUGGCCCAAGCACGUAGCGACAGCGUCCAGCCCAAAGUACCAGACAGACCAGUGUUUAUUCUGGGGGACGUAGAGAUCCCGCUACACAGGAACGCCAUCAGGAACAAGUCGAUGCACUGGAAAGACGGCAUCGUGCCUUUUGUAGUGGACAACGACUACCCAGACACGGCCAGAGCCACCAUCUUGGCGGGACUGCACGAGAUCGAGGCUGACGUUGAAAGCCAAGGAACCAAAUGCAUCCAGUUCAUCCCCAGGACUACAGAACAGAACUACCUAAGGAUUAAACGGGGAACAGGCUGCCAUUCCCCGAUAGGUUUUGACCCUGGAGAGGACGGGGCUGUGGUCUCCACUCUUGGACCAGGAUGUGAAAUCAAAGGGAUCGUCAUGCACGAGAUCCUGCACGUGCUGGGCUUCUACCACGAGCAGAAUCGACCCGACCGUGACCUCUACGUAGACAUCAAUGAGACCAACGUGGCCGUUAUACGAGACUUCUACAUCAGGAACGAAACAAUCAUAGAUACUAUGGGAACUCCCUACGACUUUGAAUCCAUCAUGCACUACGGGGCCUACGAUGCUGGUAAAGUCCACCGAUACCCAGUGAUUACCCCGAAACCAAAGUACGGCAAGACACUGCGCCUGGGCCAGCGCCUCGGACUCAGCGAUAUUGAUGUAAUGAAAAUACAGAUGCUCUACCACUGCCCCAUAGACACCAGUCACAUACAGCGUGGCUUGGGAGAUCGCUUGAUAGACUACUGCGACUUCGCUUUCGGGAUGUGCAAUUUCAGUUUGGGCAACGCCACCACGGGUUCAGGCCCAACUUGGGUCGUGCAGAAUGAAUCCACGCCGGACGGGCCUGUAGGUGGAAUCUCAAACGGUCUAGACCCUUUCCUGUUCGCAUCGAAAGAGUGGGACGAGCUCAGCAGCCUCACAACCGAAGAUGUCUCCCCUCAAGGGAUACGUAACUCUACGACCACUGACUCUGCAGCAACAACAAUAGCACCAUCAGCUAUAUCGAAGACUCCGGUCACGGUCACCAUUUAUUCACCGCUCCUGACGUCCGGGGACGACGGCCGAGCGUGCAUACAGUUCGCCCUCUUCCAGUACGGACCCUCCAGUUAUUUGGACGUCUUCGUCUCCGGACCUUUACUCCAAAGACAACGUCUGCGUACUUUUGGUGACGUCAGCAGGAUGGAGUUCUGGGUGCGGUAUGAAAUCAAGCUAGACAUGGGAACAAAGGCUGAGUUCCAGCUGGAGUUCGUGGCUUACUUGCUGGAGGGUACAGUCUCACUUGACGACUACUAUGUCGUGAAAGGAAACUGUAUCUACGCAGAUUAAACAGAACACAACACAAACACUAGACUUGACAAAUGUUACCAGAACAUGAACUCCAAUGUUAACAGACUGUGUCUUAUAGUGUUGUUGACAUACAAUUCUAACCAUACAUAAAGAAUACAGGUUUCAGUUACAUGAACUUUCACAACCAUGCCUAACGGUUUCGUGAUUACAUGUAGUUGUGUCUCUAAAUAUUAAAGUAUGCAUUAUGUCAAGAU